AUGGAUGACUCUGCAACUGCGGGUGAUCGACGCGGCAUGUGGGCCAUGGUCAAGGAGGGCUACGAAGGGCUCGUGAGUACCGUGAUUCGCCCUCUAAGGGCGCAGUACAUCCCCUCCGAUCUCGGUCCGAAGCGCGCACAGAUCGGAGACGUUUCGGUGCAGCGCGUGGACAUCAAGCUCAAGAAUCCGGCGGGUUAUACUCUCGAAUGCAGCUGGUGGAAGCCUCGCAAGCCCAAGACCGGCGAGAUACAGGAGCAGGAUAAGCGUCCGUGCAUUGUCGUGCUUCACGGCAAUAGUUCCUGUCGCCUCGGAGCGUUGGAGAUCGUUAUGUACGCAUUACCGGCUGGCUUCACGGUGUUUGCACUGGAUUUCUCCGGCUCCGGACUGUCCGAGGGCAAGUACGUGUCACUGGGCUACCAUGAGCGGAUGGACAUUGCUACGGCGGUAAAACAUGUAAGGAAAACAGGAGAAGCCUCGAGUUUGUGUCUCUGGGGACGCAGUAUGGGUGCAGUGGCCGCACUCAUGUAUGCAGAAUCCGAUUCUGCAAUAAACGCCAUGGUACUGGACUCUCCUUUCUCGAGUCUACCGAGACUCGCCACAGAGCUGGUAGAGGACGGGAAACUGGGUGUACCUAAGAUCGCAGUAAAGUUGGUGAUGAGACUCAUUCGACGGGACAUCAAGAAACGAGCCAAGUUUGACAUGUUCAAGCUAAAACCCAUAGCCAAAGUCCACAAAUGCUCCGUUCCGACGUUCUUCGUGGUGGGGUUACAGGAUGAGUUGGUGGGACCACACCACGUGGAGGCGCUGUAUAAACUUCACAAUGGUCCGAAUCAACUAUUCAAGUUCCCGGGUGGCCACAACAGUCCUAGACCGUUCAAUUUUUUCAUCCAAGCGCUGCAAUUCCUGCGAGUUAUGGUAGGUUUGAUGCCGCUGCCAGACGAUCUAUCGACGUUUGAUCUCUCACCCGCUCAGCGUCAGCAAAUGCAGUAUGGGAAUUUGGACAAAAAAGUGUCUCCUAAACGCAAAAAGCCUUCGCGAGUGUACAAGAAUCCGCUGGAACCUGGGAAUUCGAUUGAGGCGGUGCACAAAAUGUCUAUUAAAGAGCUGAAGCAGUGUAUUGACCGCGCCGGAUACAGUGAUGUUACGUGCAUAGAGAAGAAGGAGAUGGUGGACCUCGUGCUGAAGCUCUACGCGCGAUAUAGGAGAUCCAGCAAGCAGGCAGCGGCGGAUACACAACCCACUGUGACUGUGUCAACGUCAGAAGAAGAGGAGCCUGAUGCUACACCUGCCUCAGAAUCGUUGAGUUUUGCGUCGAUAAAGAGUGCCACCUCCAGUGUUCUCUCAGACGCCGAGUUGGCUCGACGAUUGAGUAUUGAUAAUCCUAGUGAUAUGGAAGACGAUUCAGAGGGCAAGGAUGAGAAGUAA